UCCCCACACACACGCGCACCACGCUUCCCUGGAAGGCCAUGUCCGAGGCGAGCGCCCUCCGCCCGUUCCGUGCCCGCAAGGGGGGAGGAGGAGGAGGAGGAGGAGGAGGAGGAGGAGGAGGAGGAGGAGGAGGAGGAGGAGGCCCGCCGCUGCCUCUGCAGGCGCCCCGGCCUCACGCCGCAGGAGCCCAUCGAUGUGCUGGACUCUCCGCCGCCUCCGCCGCCGGCGGCACCCACGACCUUCCUCCCGGCGGCUCGCCGUGGAGGCCACAGGCUCGUUCACGACUCCUGCACUUGCCGGCUCGAGCGCGUGGGUCAGAAGGGGGUGUCCAGCUGGUCGUGCGAAGCUCCCGCGUGGCGCGCCGCCUGCUUCUGCGCCGUCAGACGGCGUCCUGGUGGCCGAGGUGAGGGGCGAGCACAGCCACCUCCCUUGCCCAGACAGGGUGGCUUCGCUCCAGGCGGCGGGGGCCGUGCGCCCGGCGGCCAAGGAGCAGCCCAAUUGGCUCCAGCGGUGCCCCUGGCGGGCGGGGGCUCUCGGACCUCGCGGAGGAUGCUGUCCGGGCGUCGCCCCCCACGGGAGCCCUCAAGCGCCUCGUGUGGAACGUCAGCACGGCCGGCACUUGCGCCGCAAGACAGACGGGGAGGACAAGGGCGAGUUCGGCUGCCUCUACUCCUUGUUCUGGCCCACGCCCCUGACCGUGCAGGGCGAGAACCUCCUCUUGUACGACUCCGGGCCGGGGCCCUCAAGGAUCGUCCUAUUCGGCUCCCAGGCCCGCUUGCAGGCCCUGCGCACCUCCGAGGCGCCGAGCUCCUCUCCUCCUGCUCCUGCCCUUCCUGGAAGCAAGCCUUACCGCCUCCCCCUCCUCCUCUCGACUGUUGAGUGCCUUCGCAGGAAGGGCCCAGUGAGG